UAACUGCUAUGGUGGGCUAAUAGUUUUGUCAUCUGUAGGACUUUUCAUCAUCAUGAUGUUGCUGCUGCUGAAAGCCCAAGAGUCGUGCCAUAGCGAUUUCGACCGGAGAAUGAUGACAAACCCUAUUUUGCCAAAGAAGCCGAUUCCGACCAACGAGACCAGUGCUGAGGAAGAUAAUGAUGAUGAAAGUAGCUCUUCGAGGGACCUCAAAGACGCCAAAUUAUGCAUUAUAUGCUAUGAGGUUCAACGCAACUGCUUCUUCGUGCCUUGUGGACACUGUGCCACAUGCUAUGAGUGUGCUAAAAGGGUCAUGGAGGAAGAUAACAAGAUGUGUCCGAUAUGCCGUAAGAAGAUCCGGAAAGCGAGAAAGAUGUUUACUCCGAAGGAGCGAACGGAGUGUUGCGCUUCGGUUUUCGAACCAAGCGGCAUCGGAGAUAGGAUGGAGAUGCAUGGAGGCUUUUGCAGGAAUGUAAUAUAG